CUUGUAACCUUUAAAAAAACCAUUAAUACAACAUCACAUCCUCCAAAAUACAGCACACACCAACAUCAUGAAAAUGCUCUUCACCGUCCCUUCCAUUUCAUUAUUUUAACUCACACCCAAACACCAACUCCUCUCACCUCUCUCUCUGUCUUUCCUCUUUGGUCAAUGACCAAUUUAAACACCAUCCCAUAACAACCAUACCUCCUCCUCCUCCUCCUCCUCCUCCUCUUCAUCUCUCAAACACACACGAUUUCCAACACGAUGGUGCUUGAUGAAUCUGAUCCAAUAUCUAGCUCUGAUCACAUAUUAGAUUGGUUGGAAGGCUCAAUAUCGUUCCUUCCAUCGUUUUUAGAGGAUCCAUAUAACUCUGGCGAUUUAAACGGUGAUCAAUGGUGGGUUCAAGGGUGUCAAGAUCUAGGACAAGAGUUUUUGAAUACUAGUUCUACUUCUUUUAAUAGCGCUUCUACCAUCACCACCGCUACCAGCACCACGCUAACAGGUCCCAUCGUCACGAACGAUGUACCACCAUCUGAUUCAUGCAAGAAACGGAAGGUGUCCGAUGACCCGGUUCCCAAAGCACCUCAAAAUCAGCGGAAGAGUCAGAACCGUCGGGUCAACAAGGCCACUGACGAUGGGGAUGCAGUGGUGGAACAAGGGGUGACGGUUAAGAAAUCAGUUGGGACCAAAAAGGCAUCAGCCAAGUCAGUUGGAAAUAACUGUAAUAACGGUAAUAACAGAGAAGGGAGGUGGGCAGAGCAGUUGCUCAACCCUUGCGCCGCUGCGAUCACCACCUCAAAUAUGACACGUGUUCAACACCUGUUGUACGUCCUCCACGAGCUCGCUUCUGCUAGCGGUGAUGCCAACCACCGCCUCGCUGAUCACGGACUCCGAGCCCUGACCCAUCACCUCUCCUCCCCUGGCUCCUCUGUUUCAGUUGGGACUAUCAAUUUUGCUUCCACGAAACCCCAAUUUUUCCAAAAAUCACUGAUGAGAUUCGACGAGGUUAGUCCCUGGUUCAUGUUUCCUAACAAAAUUGCCAACACUUCGAUCCUCCAAAUCCUUGGAGAGGAGGACAGGUCUCGGAAUCUUCACAUCCUUGACAUUGGAGUUUCUCAUGGAUUUCAAUGGCCAACCCUACUCGAAGCCUUGACUCGCCGCCCCGGUGGUCCUCCUCCACUUGUCCGCCUCACAGUCAUCGGAGCCACCACUGACGAUGAUCGAAAUCCAGAUAUUCCAUUCGCAAACGGUCCACCGGGCCAUAGCUCCUCCACCCAACUCCUCUGUUUUGCCAAGUCAAUGAACAUCAAUCUACAAAUCAAUCGCCUCGAUAACCACCCAUUACAGAAUCUAAAUACCCAAAUCAUCAAUUCCUCACCCGAUGAAACGUUAAUCGUUUGCUCUCAAUUCAGACUCCACCAUCUGAAUCACAACUGCCCUGAUAACAGAACCGAGUUCUUGCGAGCAUUAAGGAGUUUGGAACCCAAAGGCGUGAUUUUAAGCGAAAACAACAUGGAUUGUAGCUGCAAUACUUGUGGGGACUUUGCAACAGGGUUUUCGCGACGCGUUGAGUACUUGUGGAAGUUCUUGGACUCGACAAGCGCGGCUUUUAAAGGCAGAGAGAGCGACGAAAGGAGGAUGAUGGAAGGAGAGGCUGCAAAGGCGUUGACGAACUCGGAGGAGAUGAAUGAAUGGAGGCAGAGGUGGUGUGAGAGGAUGAGAAGGGUUGGUUUUGUUGGGAAAGUGUUUGGAGAGGACACCAUUGAUGAAGCAAGAGCUUUGCUGAGGAAGUAUGAUAGUAAUUGGGAGAUGAGAGUGGAAGAGGAAGAUGGGUGUGUGGGUUUGUGGUGGAAAGGACAGCCUGUUUCAUUUAGUUCGUUAUGGAAGUUGGAUCUGAAACAAAGUAACAUGUAACAGAGUUAUUGUAUGUUUUUUCAUCUUUCCUCUUCUAUGUAUAUUACCUCUAGAGUGUCAACUAUGAAGACAUAAAUUUCAAGGCUAGUUACACUUUUUGUCAACUAUGAAGACAAAUUUCAAGGCUAGUUACAGUUUUUGUCAUUUAUACCUGAUAUUUGAUUCGGCUGGAUUUGGUAAAGCUAAA